AUGGUCGCCAUCUCCCGCGCACUCCUCUUCACCAUGGCCGCCAGUUUCAGUGCCCUCGUGAGCGCUGAUAACUGCAAGCCAGGUCUGUUCUACUGCGGAACAGUUCUUUUGCGUAAAGGAAACUACUACGACCAAAUCGUCGCCGCCCUAAAGGCCAAAGGGCAGCCGACCGAUGAUGCGCACGUUCACGACGCCUUGUUCUAUUGUACCGGAGGACCUAAUGGCGAGAUUACCUAUCAGGCGUUCUGCGGUGCUGGCCAGUGCAAGGACGGCGGAAAUGGAAACAGCGAUCAUUGCUGA